GAGCCCGGGCGGGGCUUCGCAGGCGAGCGCCGCCCGCAGGAGCCGAGAAUCCCGGUCCGCCCGCGGUCUCGGAGUCGAGGUCUCUGCGCACAAGGAGUGAGCAGUUUCUGUUCCUGGAUCUGCUGGACAGCCUGGGAUGCUGCUGUCCCGUGAGUAAGUGAAGUCGCCACUGCCACUUCCCAGGUGGGGGCACUCGGGACCAGGCAUGCCCGUGCUGUCGGAGGACUCGGGCCUGCAUGAGACCCUGGCGCUGCUCACCUCCCAGCUGAGACCUGACUCGAGUCACAGGGAGGAGAUGGGCUUCCUGCGAGACGUGUUCAGUGAGCGGAGCCUCAGCUCCCUGAUGAAGAUCCAUGAGAAGCUGCGUUGUUACGAGCGGCAGAGCCCGACCCCUGUCCUGCACAGCGCUGUGGCUCUGGCUGAAGAUGUGGCGGAGGAGCUGCAGGCUGCCUCUUCGCAUGGUGACGAGAGAGAGCUGCUGCAGUUGCUGGCCACGCCCCACCUCAGGGCUGUGCUCAUGGUGCAUGACACCGUGGCUCAGAAGAACUUUGACCCCGUGCUGCCCCCGCUGCCCGACGAUGUUGAUGAGGACUUCGAGGAGGAGUCAGUGAAGAUAGUGCGCUUGGUGAAGAACAGGGAGCCCCUGGGAGCCACCAUCAGGCGGGACGAGCACACAGGUGCUGUUGUGGUUGCCAGGAUCAUGCGUGGGGGUGCAGCUGACCGCAGUGGCCUGGUCCACGUUGGGGAUGAGCUUCGUGAGGUAAACGGUGUCGCUGUCCUGCACAAGCGGCCUGAUGAGAUCAGCCAGAUUUUGGCCCAGUCUCAGGGCUCCAUCACCCUCAAGAUCAUCCCAGCAACCCAGGAGGGGGACCGCUUCAAGGAGAGCAAGGUGUUCAUGCGGGCCCUGUUCCACUACGACCCCCUCGAGGACCGCGCCAUCCCCUGCCAGGAGGCGGGGCUGCCGUUCCAACGCCGGCAGGUGCUGGAGGUGGUGAGCCAGGACGACCCCACCUGGUGGCAGGCCAAGCGCGUAGGCGACGCCAACCUCCGAGCUGGCCUCAUCCCCUCCAAGCAGUUCCAGGAGAGACGAUUCAGCCACUGGCGAGCGGCGGGUGCCCUUCCGAGUCCCCUGAGCCUCAGGAAGUUACCCUACGACCAGCCUUGUGAUACAGAGACCUAUGACUGUGAUGGGCACUUCAGAGGUCACUAUGUGGCUGGUCUGCGGAGGAGUUUCCGGCUUGGCUGCCGCGAGAGGCCAGGCAGUUCACAGGAUGGGAAGGUGCCCAUGGGUUCAGAGUCCCUGGAGCUGCCCACCUACGAGGAGGUAGUCCGGUACCAGCCCCAGCCUGGCGAGCGACCCCGCCUCGCAGUUCUGAUUGGGUCUCUGGGUGCCGGGCUACAGGAGCUGAAGCAGAAGCUGGUGGCCGAGAACCCACAGCGCUUCGGGGUUGCCAUUCCACACACGACCCGGCCACGACGGGGCCACGAGAAGGAGGGUGUGGAGUACCACUUCGUCUCCAGGCAGGCGUUCGAGGCCGACCUCCAGCACAACAGGUUCGUGGAGUACGGCGAGUACAAGGAGCACCUGUAUGGGACCAGCCUGGGGGCUGUGCGCGCCGUCAUGGCCAGGAGCAAAGUCUGCGUACUGGACGUGGAGCCUGAAGCCCUGAAACAGCUUCGGACCUCAGAGUUCAAGCCCUACGUCAUACUUGUGAAGCCUGUGGCCCAGGAAAAGAGGAAGACGCCACCGCUGUCCCCAGCCUGUGAGGACGCAGCAGCCCUGCUUGAUGAGGAGCAGCAGGACAAGGCUGCCUCCGCCACCUACAUGGAACAGCACUACGGGCACCUGGCGGAUGCGGUGCUGGUGCGGGAGGACCUGGAGGGGACCUGCACACAGCUCCAGGCCCUGCUCGAGAGGCUGGGCACUGACGCGCAGUGGGUGCCCGUCGGCUGGGUCAGGUGACGCCGCACCAGGAUGACCACCACCACCGGGCAUUCUGGGCCAGGGGGCCAACCGGCCUCAGCCUGCCAUCCAGGAAUGCACCCCUGAGAGCAGGAACGUCCUCCACGGACUCCCCAGAAAAGACAAGUGGGGCCUGAUGUGCUGUGGGGCUCUGGCGUCUGUCACUGCUCCCCUUCGUGAGUUGAGGGGUGCCCGUCACGAAGCACCCCAUGUCAUUCAUUAAAGCUCACACAAGUGGGGCCCCAUCUCUGCCCCUUGAGUGUGCACACAAGGACAUAAGGGCGCUCACCCCGCCCUCGAGUUCCCACACAGCUGCUCUUCCCGGCUGCCAGCCUUGAAAGCCACCUUCACCUGUUUGAGCACUGGGAUGGAGAGCUUCCUCUCGUGCCAGUCGACGUUCUACCUGGGGCUCCUGUGCCCUGCCCGAAACAACCCUGUUUCUGACACUAAGGUUCCCCCAUCCUGAUGUGUCUGUUCGUCUGUCCUGUUGGCCAUCCCUCCUAAUGUUGACUGUGGUUUUGGAUCAGGUGUCCCCGGGCUCUGAUCUGUCAAGCCUAUCCCAUGAGCACCACCUCAGGCUGGUCCCUGGGGUCACUUGGGCCGCAGGGUGGGGUCCAGAGUCUUCAUUCUUAGGAUGACCCACGCGCGCAAGGUGGAGGCCCUGUGUACGUGCCCUCGUGAACACACCAGGCUUGGGGGGUGAGACGCACCCUUCACUGCCCAGGGAG